AUGCUAAAAUCAAAUGUCGAAAGGCAGAAAAUAUAUCGUGCCAAUUUAGCAAAAGAUAAAUUAAAAUUUGAACAAAUGAAGCAAAAAUCUCGAAUGCGAGAUAACGCAAGACCCAAAAAUCUGACAGGUGAUGCAUUAAAUCAAUUACGUAUACGACAAAAACAGGCAUCAAAGAAAUAUCGUGAUGGAUUAAAAUUAAAGCGACUAAAUGACAAUCAAUCAUCAACUCACAAAAGUCGUCAAUCAUUGGGUAAAGCCAUUAAACGUGUCCAGAAAUCAUUAUCAAAAGAACCAAAUAAACGUAUUGCUGUAGUUCGUCAUAUAGCACAAACACUUGAUAUUAUUCCAACAACAACUAAUCAGCAAGAACGUCAAUAA